UCCUCCUCCUCCACUCUCCCCUCCCCUCUGUCAUACAUAAGAGCAUUUGCUCCCCCGUGCCCCCUUCACACACACUCAGUGUGUUUGCUGGGAAGGGGAUUGUCCAGGGGACACCAGGGGAGUAUUAUACCGUCUUCACCUGCCUGCAAAGGAGCUAUUUUCCUCUCUGGGGAUUCUAAUAAAGCUUCCUUCAACAUAGCAAAAACCUGCGGCAAGUAAAACCAUGAGCAGAAACUACAACGUCACUCUCUGUGGCCCCGCCCCCUGGGGCUUUCGGCUCCAAGGCGGAAAAGACUUCAACCUGCCCCUCACCAUCUCCAGGCUGAAUGACGGCGGUAAAGCGGUUAAAGGCGGCAUCGCUAUCGGAGAUACGGUUCUGUCCAUCGACGGCAUUGCCACUGAGGGGAUGAACCACCUGGAGGCCCAGAACAAGAUCAAGAACUGCACAGGCAACCUCAGCCUCACCUUACAGAAAGUUGCCAGUACCUCCAAGCCCCCUCCAGUGGCACCAAAGGUGAACAGGUGUGACAUCAUAAAACCCGUGCCCAUGACACAUCCCCCUUCCCCACCCAACAAGACUCCAAAACCCUACGGGGGCUGCGGGUCGGAACUUUCCUCGCGGCCCUCCUCGGCCGCCUUCAUUCCGUCCCCGUCGUUCGCCUUCACCCCCGCCGCCUCACACCCUCAUCCCGCUUCCUCAUUCCCUGUGGGCCCGCCGCAGUCGUCGGUGUACAACACGCCCAUCCACCUCUACUCCACCGAGAACGCCUGUGAGGUGGCCAUGGGGCAAAGGCGAGGCCUAUUUGAGAGUCAGGGUGGACAAGCCUUUAAUGGGCCUCCCCGAAGACAUAUCGUGGACACGGACAUCCAGUUCUACCACGUGCCCACCCACGCUGACGCCAGCCGGAAGCGCAUCAUGGAGGACACGGAGGACUGGCGCCCGCGCACUGGGACCACCCAGUCCAGAUCUUUCAGGAUUCUGGCUCAGAUUACGGGCACCGAGAACGCUCCAGAAGAGGAAGCAGACACAGCCAAGAAGACAAAUCAAGAAGAACCUGAGUCCAGCAGCCACGAGUCCGCUACUAUCAAGACAAUGAUCAAAUCGCCCACAACAACUCAAGGUGUCAGUUCACAGUGUGGUUUAAUCACACCUUCCUUUGGCAUGAAGUCCAAUGGCAGCACGCCCAGUUGUCCUGCUCCCGCACGCCCUGUGCCUCGGGCCCACCCGAAAGACGAGGACUCACUGGUGCAAAUGGCGGAGCACUACCCUGCGGGGACUCGCACUCCCAUGUGUGGCCACUGCAAUAAGGUCAUCCGGGGACCAUUUUUGGUAGCAAUGGGCAAAUCGUGGCAUAAUGAAGAAUUCAAUUGCAUCCACUGCCACACAUCCCUCGCCGACAUCGGCUUUGUGGAAGAGCAAGGCUGCGUUUACUGCGAACAUUGCUACGAAGACUUCUUUGCACCGACGUGUAGCCGCUGCCAGGCCAAGAUACUUGGGGAAGUGAUUAAUGCCCUGAAGCAGACGUGGCACAUCUACUGCUUCCUGUGCGCCUCCUGUCAGCAGCCCAUCCGAAAUAACACCUUCCACCUGGAGGAUGGGGAACCUUACUGCGAGCAAGACUUCUACAGUUUGUUCGGCACAGGUUGCCAUGGCUGCGAGUUUCCCAUUGAAGCGGGAGACAAGUUCCUGGAGGCACUGGGCUACACGUGGCACGACACCUGCUUUGUGUGCGCCGUAUGCUCCACCAGUCUGGAGGGCCAGACUUUCUUCUCCAAGAAAGACAAACCUCUUUGCAAGAAACAUGCACAAACGCUAAAAAUAUAACUUUUUUUUUUUUUGAGGUGAUGAUAUUUUUAUUGAUUAGAAUUUUUUUCCUCAUUAUUACCAGAAGCGUUAUUUCUAAUAGUUAUAGAUAAAACAGAAUUGUUUUCAAAACACAACAAUAAUACAAUUUACAUUAUGACAAACAAUUUUUUAUUCCAUUAUUUUUUUGCUUUUUUUUCCAAGCAUUUUGACAUAAUUUUGACAAAAAAAAUAAUUUUAAGCAUAAUUUCAAGGUGAUGAAAUAAAUAAUGGCAAAUAUGCUCACAUUUAUGCAGUCCACAUGUACCGUAUGUAAAAAGGUGAUUACCCGCACACUAUACUUAUAGUACAGUUUAAUUGGAUCAUAUUAUUUAUUUUACACUAUAUUGUCAUGCACAUUUUGAUUAAUUAUUGCAUAUAUUUUCUACUAACUUUCCUCCUAAUACAUAUAUUUUAAGAUGAACUGGCAAAAAAGGAAAUGUUUAAUAAUUCAAAAGUGUCUUUGUAUAGUAAGUCGUAGUAGUAAAGGUCUCAUCUGCAAUUGAGUAAUAGUAUUACAUUAUGACAUACCAUUUAUUUGAUGUAUUCUAUAUUUGUUUUGCAAUUAUCAAAAUAUAUAACUUAAUGUUGUCACAAAAAUGUUCCUUUUUUAUAAUUUGAAGAGUGUGGAAUAAAUAAUUGCAGUAUGUAUGCAUUACACAUAUAAAAAGGUAGAUACUAUUACCCACACACUGUACUUAUAGAACAGUUUUUAAACGUAUUAUUUUACGUCGUAUCGUCAUGCACGUUUCCCAUUAAUUAUUGCUAAUAUGUCUACUGAGAAUCAUUUAAACAGAAAUAUGUUUGUGGAAAAAUAAAGACGCCAUCUGCGGUUAAGACUGUAUUUAAGCGCUAUGUUAUUAAUAUUUAAUUAUUAUUACAAGUCCCCAUGUGGAAAGACUAGCGUUUCAAUCCGACAGCGUGUGCGCAUGCUCGCGAAGCACAGGCGCACGCUCUCACAGGUACGCGCACGCAUGACGUGACACUCAAGCACGCGCACGGCGUGGAGACUGGAGUGGAGAGUGUCAGUCCAUCCAAAAGUCUCUCCAACUCACAUCUUUUACACCGGACUUAGUGACUUGCUUCUUUUCUUUAGCGAGCUUCUCGACACCGUGACGGGACGCUACGUCGGCACCAGGUGGGUAAGCUUAGCAGCGUUUUUCGGGGGUUGAAAAGGCGCAGGUCUCGCGCCGUCCAGAUGUGCUGGUUUAAUGUUUGACACGAGGAAGCUUUCGGACUCCUGACUAGCAAGCCAGUUGACGUUUUUAUUUAUUUAUUUUUUGCUUUCAUUGUGUUAAAUGUGUGAAAUAAGCCUGCUAAUAGGUCCAGAUAAGUCUCACUUAUGCGUGUAUUAUGGCGACUUUAUGUUCGCUAGUUCAAAAAUUGGUAAAACGUCACUAAUGUACUAUCAUGGUAUCAUGUUUAGCAAGGGCUAACCUGUUUGUUAGACUGUAAUCCGCAUGUUGAAUAAGAUGCACUUUCAAUUCAAUAAAUUUCGGCAUAUAAGUGGUAAAAAACAUUAAAUAAAUGAAGAUGUG